UCUGCUAUACACUAUUUAGUGCAAGGAGGAGCAAAAAAUAGUAGUAUUAAUUUAAUGAAUGAGAGAAAUUAAGAUUUUGUUUAAUUUACGAUUAAUAUAUAUUGAGUUUAAUAUUGAUUGGAUAAGAAUUUGUUUUGUUUUAACAAGUAUGAUUUUGUUGUCCAUGUUUUUUGGCAAAUUUGGUGGCACCGAAAAAGCCAUGGUAGGCAUGAAAAAGGGAAGAGGCAUAGUUUCCUUUUAAAUUUCCAGAUGUCGUUUACCCCAUUUUUGGACUCUAGAUCAAAUCAAAUGGCCACUUUGUUUUCUGUUCAUUCUUGUCUUGGUGUUGGUGUAAUUGCACCUCCUAAACCAAAACCAAAACCAAAACCAAUACACAAAAAAUUAAGGAAUGGGUAUUUUGUAUGGAAUGGUGGCAAGGGGAGAGGUGGUUCUGGCUGAGUUCAGCGCCACCCAGAGUAAUGCCAGUGUGGUAGCCAAACAGAUACUCAGCAAGAUCAAUGUAGGUGACGACAACAACAAAGACAGCAAUGUUUCCUUUUCCCAUGAUCGCUAUGUUUUUCAUGUCAAGAGGACAGAUGGCCUCACUGUUCUUUGCAUGGCUGAUGAUGCAUUUGGAAGAAUGAUCCCUUUUGCAUUUCUUGAAGAUAUUCAUAAAAAAUUUGUCAAGACAUAUGGGCGUGCGAUUCUUUCAUCUCCUGCCUACGCCAUGAAUGAUGAGUUCUCAAGGAUCCUGAGCCAGCAGAUGGAUUAUUACUCCAAUGACCCAAAUGCUGAUAGAUUGAACCGUCUCAAAGGUGAAAUGACUCAGGUGAGAACUGUGAUGGUGGACAACAUUGAAAAAGUAUUGGAGAGAGGUGGGAGGUUGGAACUUUUGGUAGAGAAAACUUCAGCAAUGAAUAACAAUUCAAUUCGUUUCAGAAAACAUUCCCGUCGUUAUAAAAAUAACUUGUGGUGGAGCAACGUUAGGUUAACGCUUGCCCUUAUCAUAGUUUUCAUCGUUGUAUCUUACGUUAUACUCGCCUUCCUCUGCCGUGGUCCCUUGUUGACUAAUUGCUUGAGAUAAGCUCUGAAGGCAACCAAAAAGGAUGACUCUGCAAGUUGCCCUCUUCAAGAUUGUUCGUGUAAUUGCUUUUUUGAAUUUCCUUUGCAUUAAUUCUAUCAAAUCAGGCAUAUGGGUAGCAUUUUUAUGAAGGAAAGAUAUAACCUUUGGUGGAACCUAAAUCGCAAUAACAAAGUUGUUCAAAGCUUUAAGCCCUA